AUGCCUGGGAACCGUAAAGCCGCAGUCAGUGGAAGUGUUCCCAAAGAUGGUCUAGGAAGGGCACUGACUCGACCUCGAAAGAACCUUAGUGGUCGAGCCUACCGCCGGCAGCGGCAACACGAGCUGGAAGACUCGAGUUUGCUGCUGCUGCCCGAGUCAGAGGCAGCAGCUUCUGUUCUCGAUCGAGUGCAGUGGGUCGAGCUUCUGGCACGGGCGGAGCUGGCAGGUCGAGACUUCACAGCAGAGCCGGCGCUGCCCGUGCAGAACGUGGUCAGCGAGCCCCGUCUCGUUUCUUCUACGGAUGCGAUCGCUGAGACUCUGCGCGGUGCAGUACCGGCUUUAGAUGGGCCGUCAGCACCAGACCAUGGUGCAGAGCUUCCGCUAACUAUACCAGAACGUCCUGUAUGGAAUCGCGGGAUGACCGCGGAGCAACUGGCUGCAUCCGAGCGACAAGCCUUUCAUCGUUGGCGCGCUAGCAUGGACGCUCUUGAACAGCAACUUGCCCAGGAAAGGCAGCGGGGUUCUCUCUUAUCUCGCUUCUUCACGCCAUAUGAGAAGAACCUCCAAAUUUGGCGCCAGUUAUGGCGAGUUCUCGAACGCAGUGAACUCGUCAUACAAGUUCUUGAUGCUCGUCAUCCGUUGCUCUUCUACAGCCCACAUCUGGAACGUUACCUGCAAAAGCGACAUCCAGAAAAGAAAUGUAUACUUUUAUUGAACAAGGCGGAUCUGUUGACGCCGGCAGCACGACGAGCCUGGAAAGAUUACUUCGCUGAGCGAAACCAGACUGCCUGGUUCUUUUCCGCCCUCUAUCCAGAGGGCGAGAAAAGCACUCUCGAGCCUGCUGAAGGCGACGAGUCUCGUUCGGAGUCCGGCAUCUGCGCUGACGACCACGCUGCAUCCGGGAUCACGGAAAUUAUUCGGAACAGUCUGCUGCUGAACGGUGCGCCCGCUGGGGCAAACGGUAGCGCCUACUCGAUACAAGGAAGCCCGCUUCACCAGACGCAUGAAGCAGAGACAUGGAGCGAGCCCCGCGAGGCGCCAGACGCCCAGCGGACACGGCAUAGCUCAGUUUCCGGUGAUCCGCAGAAGCGCUCGCCCAAUGCGAACCACGAAAACGAUGUACAAGCGAGCAAUUUGUGCUCGCGAACACAACUCAUGAAUCUUGUGCGAAGGCUGCUUUCAACCAUUGAACCGUCACAAACAAGUAGCGGACCACGUACAUCGCCGCAACAUCGUCGUACAGUCGGUUUCGUUGGGUAUCCCAAUGUAGGCAAAUCAUCGACGUUGAAUUGUUUGCUGGGAAAGACGCAAGCAGCAGUCGGGCCGAACCCCGGCAAAACGAAACAUUUCCAAACGCUAACGCUAGACGAAGACCUCAUGCUGUGUGAUGCGCCCGGACUUGUGUUUCCACAGUGGGCCCACAGUCGAGCAGAAUUGAUCUGUGCGGGAGUGAUCCCUAUCGAUCAUGCUGGUGACCUACUGGACGCUGUACAGUUCAUCUGCUCCCGGUUGCCGGCAUCGAAGCUUGCGUCCCACUACAGCUUGACGUUGCCGCCGAAGUUCAACAGAACUGCUCCCGAGAAGGUGCACUGCGAUGCGGCUACGUUUCUGGAUACUUUGGCCUUGGCGCGCGGCUUUCGAACCAGCCAUGCACAAACGGAUCGUCAUCGAGCAGCUCGACUUGUGCUGAAGGAUUACGUUCGCGGUGAUUUGCCAGAUAUGCACUGGCCGCCCGUACCAGCAGAUGGUGUAGGAAAAAGCACCGAGGCUCUGUAA